AUGCAUCCCCAUCUCCACACCGAGGAAGUCCAAAAGAGCUGCGCAGAAGUUGUAGCCGCACUCGACGAAUGCCACGCCCGCGGCUUCCUAUGGAAAGUAGCGGGGAAUUGCACGGAUGCGAAAUACAAGGUCAACAUGUGUUUGCGCGGAUUGCGGCUCGAGCGGACGAAGCAGAAUCGCGAGCAGGCCAAGGAGAAGAGGGAGAAGAUUAAGCAGGUUUGGGCUGAGCUGGAUGCGAAUAAAUGA